CGAGCACGGCGCGGACGGCCUAUAGAAAGGCAUAUUUUACCACUGAAAGAAGUUUUGAAAUUUUUCUUGGGCAAGAGUGUUUGCGGGGGAGAAGAAAGCCUAUGUAAAAGCUUCAACUACAUAACGCUCGUAAUUUCAGCAACAGUUGGAUGGAUUAUGCUUGCUGCAGCUGUGUUUUGCAUCUGGGAAGACUGGACAUACUUUACUAGUAUAUACUUCUUUUUUAUAUCAAGUAGCACUAUAGGUCUUGGCGAUGUAACACCAGCACAUCCUGAGUACAUGAUAGGCACUUUUGGUGUAGUAAUCGUAGGUCUCUCGAUGGUUUCGGUUUGCAUCGACGUCGUGAGGGAGAAGCUGGAACUAAUGUAUAUGGCUCUGCUGAAGAAAAUGCUACAGGUACUUGUGGCAUCAUAA